GUUGACUUCUUCUCUCUUUCCGGUUCAAACAAUUGUCAAGUGUGCUUGUCCUCGAUACCGAGCUAAGGCCUUUUUUCCGAUUUUUGGCAACUUGCACCGAGUAAAUAUUAACAAAUUAUAUUGAAACAUGUCUACCAAGGCUGAACUCGCUUGCGUCUACUCCGCCCUCAUCCUUGUCGAUGAUGAUAUUGCCGUAACUGGUGAAAAAAUCUCGACCAUCUUGAAGGCCGCCAAUGUUGAUGUUGAGCCAUACUGGCCCGGUCUCUUCGCCAAGGCUUUGGAAGGUAUCAACGUUAAGGACUUGAUCACCAGCAUUGGUUCCGGAGUUGGUGCCGCUCCAGCUGGAGGUGCUGCUGCCCCAGCCGCUGCCGCCGCAGCUGCUCCAGAAGCCAAGAAGGAAGAGAAGAAGGAAUCCGAAGAUGAACAAUCUGACGAUGACAUGGGUUUCGGUCUCUUCGAUUAAGAAGGAUGCCAGGUGCAGGGAGGACGUAAUUCCAAUCUGUACAGUUUUAAUGUACAAAAAUAAAAACACGUU